AUGGCCGAAAAUAGCCGGCCUCAAGAGCCUGAGGAGCAUGUUGACUUGGCAAUUGUUGGAGGCGGUCCAACAGGAUUGCUUUCCGCGCUUCUUGCAAGUCGCUUGGGCCUUUCCGUAAGGAUUAUAGAUGCUAAACCUGGUCCCUUGGAAGUGGGUCGAGCCGACGCUUUGAAUGCACGCACGCAACAAUAUCUAGAGGUUGUAGGAAUUCUUGAUGAAUUGCUUUCCUUCGGGAUCAAAUGCAAUACAAGUUCUACCUUUUCGGAGGGUGAAUUCAAGUCUCGUCAGAGCCAUUGGUGGACAUCACUUGAACACUGUUUCCGUCCCAACUUUUUGAUGAUAGGGCAACCGGUGGUGGAACGAGUACUCAAGGAUCAUUUAGAUGUACCUAUUUGCUAUCAGGAGAGGGCGAUAUCGAUCACAGAGACAGAUGAUGAUGUCGUACUUAUUACGGACCAAGGCCGAAAAGUCAGGAGUAAUUAUGUCAUCGCUGCGGACGGGGCGCGUUCAACAGUGCGACGGGCGCUGAAUAUCAGCUUCACUGGGACGAAGCCAGAAAUGGUAUGGGCGGUUCUUGACACAUUCAUCGACACUGAUUUCCCUCUUUGCCCAGAAAUCAUCACAUUUCAGCUCAAGGGCCAAUCGCGGAUAUCGUGGAUUCCUAGAGAACGUGGAAUGGCGAGAUUUUACGUGCUUCUUGAUGGAAAGAUCACUCAGAAACGAGCGGAAGACUCCAUUAGGGAACACAUGGCGCCGCAUCGUAUCGACUUCGUUAAGACGGAAUGGUUUAGCACUUUUGAUGUCAAAGAAAGGAUUGCUUCGACAUUUGUAUCGAACCAUGGGAAUGGACGCAUUAUAUUAGCGGGCGAUGCAGCUCAUGUCCAUUCGGUAAAUGGAGGACAAGGCCUGAAUACUGGAAUUGCGGAUGCCUUUAACCUUAGCUGGCGUGUCGCAACUGCUGCUAAGAAUACCAAUCUAGCACCUGAUGCUGCGGCCAAGUUAAUCCGAAGCUAUGAUACCGAACGCCGCACCGUAGCACAGGAAGUCAUUGAUGUUGCGGCGACGUUAGUCCGAGACACAGCGCAUACAGCAAGGCAAUAUGUUUCCACGAUAGAAAAGAACGCCGGAUAUAUCACUGGAAUGGGUGUCUCGUAUGAUGGCGUCGGAUCUGAACUGAUCACCGAAUCUGAACGAGGUAUCUGGAAAGCCGGCAAACGGUGUCCAGAUAUCUGGCUUAAUCGCAUUGGAAAUGACGAGGCCAUCCGUUUAUACUCUAUAAUCCCGUAUGGAAAAUACCUGGUGCUUUUCCUCGGCGAACAGGACGUACAGACAUCAUCGUUCCGGAAUAUCUGCACAUACUUCGCUCUCUAUUCUCGUGACGUGGCGAAGAUGGCAACGAAUGGUCACAAGAAUGGAUCUGACAAUAAAAUAGAGACGUUUUCAUCGGAUAUUGUUACCGGGGAAGAUAGAUUCGCGGUUGUGGUGAGACCCGACACGUACAUUGGCUAUGUGGGAGAAAGCGAUGGAUGGAAAAAGUAUCUGGAGCAGCUGGAUAUCCUCUACCGUCGCUAA